AACAAAAAAUACCAGUUUAGUGAUAAGCAUGCAAAAACCAGGCAGGUAGGUAGGUGAGAACUGAUUUUUGGCUUAUAUUUUCCAUAUAACCAUAUUUUGCCCAAACGCACCGUACCCACCAACCCCGUUUGCUAUUUGCUGCAACACCAACCCCUUCUUCUUUACCAACUUCUUCUUCUUCUUUCUGAGAGUUUUCGUUGUGGUGUUGGCACGCUAAGCUAUUGGCCUCUCAAUGGCGUCUUCGUCGCUAUCUUCGAAGCCAUUUCUCGGUGCUUCACCAACCGAUGGAUUAUCCGGCUUGGGUUCUAUGCCCUCUGAUCUUCGAACCCCCUCUAUUCAGUUCCUAAUCCGCCCAAGAACUCUCAAGAAGCUCCAGGUACAGGCAGCUGGGAGUACUUUUGGAACUCAUUUCCGUGUUACAACUUAUGGUGAAUCUCAUGGUGGUGGUGUUGGUUGUGUAAUUGAUGGAGUGCCUCCUAGGCGUCCCCUCUCAGAAGCUGAUUUGCAAGGGGACCUUGACAGAAGGAGGCCUGGCCAGAGUCGAAUUACCACCCCAAGGAAGGAGACUGAUACAUGCAAAAUACUCUCAGGGGUUUUCGAAGGAGUGACUACUGGGACACCAAUUCAUGUAUUUGUACCCAAUACUGAUCAGAGAGGACAUGAUUACAAAGAAAUGUCGCUAGCUUAUAGACCAUCACAUGCAGAUGCAACUUAUGACAUGAAGUACGGUGUCAGAGCAGUCCAGGGUGGGGGGAGAUCUUCUGCAAGAGAAACCAUUGGAAGAGUUGCUGCUGGAGCAGUUGCUAAGAAAAUCCUUAAGGACUUCUCUGGAACUGAGGUUCUUGCUUAUGUUUCACAAGUGCACAAGGUUGUGCUUCCUCAGGACGUGGUUGAUCAUGAUACUCUGACACUUGAUCAGAUAGAGAGUAAUAUAGUUCGAUGCCCUGAUCCUGAAUAUGCGGACAAGAUGAUUGAUGCCAUUGAUAAAAUCCGGGUGAAAGGGGAUUCAAUUGGUGGUAUUGUUACAUGCAUUGUUCGGAACUGUCCGCGUGGUCUUGGUUCGCCAGUCUUUGACAAACUUGAAGCUGAAUUUGCUAAAGCUGUCUUGUCAUUACCUGCAACAAAGGGUUUUGAAUUUGGCAGUGGAUUUGCAGGUACCUUUUUGACUGGCAGUGAGCACAAUGAUGAGUUCUUUGUUGAUGAUCAUAAAUCUAUCAGGACAAGAACAAAUCGGUCUGGUGGGAUACAGGGAGGACUAUCCAAUGGGGAAAUCAUAAACAUGAGAAUUGCUUUCAAGCCAACGGCUACAAUUGGUAAGAAGCAGCAUACAGUGACUAGAGAUAAACAUGAGAUAGAUCUAAUAGCCAGGGGUCGUCAUGAUCCUUGCGUUGUCCCACGAGCGGUGCCAAUGGUAGAAGCAAUGGUUGCUCUGGUGCUUGUGGACCAACUAAUGGCACAUUAUGCACAAUGCAAUUUGUUUCCUCUGAAUGAAGAUCUUCAGGUGCCCCUUUCGGUUCCAAGACUUGAGGAGGUAACCGAGACAGCUUCUUUACCCCUUUGAAAGUUGGCAAAGCCACUGUACCAAUGUAUACUUGUGGAUCUAAUGGCCAAUUUUUCCGUUAAAAACUCGGUAUAUAUAUGUGGUACGGCAAUAUAAUGUUUCGGUGCCUCUCAUCUUCUGUUUGUCCUUGAGAUUGAGUGAAAAUGUGUUAUGAUAAUGUGGUAUUUGUUGACGUUGUUUCUUCAUAUAGUUACGCUUAACAAUUAUUUCUACCUGAUGUAAUAAAGAAAAAGUUAUGGUUAAAUAAAUUAAUCAAUUGUACCAAAAUCAAGCCCUUGUCUGGCAAUGUUAUACGAGAAACAGCAGAAAAACAGUUAAAAAUUA